AUGAACGCUAUCCGUCAGAUCCAGUCGCUCAAUAAGCGCGAACUUGAAAAUGCAAUCCCACCUGAAGCGUCCUGGCACGCCGAUUACCGAGACACAGCAUACAUCUACAUCGGUGGUUUGCCAUUCGACCUCUCCGAGGGUGAUAUUGUGACAAUCUUCUCGCAGUAUGGCGAACCAGUUCACGUGAAUCUCGUGCGCGACAAAGAAACUGGGAAGAGUCGAGGAUUUGCAUUUCUAAAAUAUGAAGACCAGCGCAGUACAGACCUUGCCGUUGAUAACUUGGGUGGAUCCACAGUCCUGGGAAGAAUGUUGCGCGUGGACCACGUGAGAUAUAAGAGGAGAGAUGAUGAAGAGGAAGGGGAUAAUGUUGCAAAACUGAUGGGCGACGCAGUCGCUAAGAGCGCAGAUGAUGGAGAUACAGAUGAUGAGCGACGAAGGCGGAGAAAGAGGAGAACCAGUGAAGACGAGCCCCGAAGACGACCUCUAUUGAAGGAAGAGAAGGAGCUUGAGGAGUUAAUGGUGAACCACGAUGAAGAGGACCCGAUGAAGGAAUAUCUCAUACAGGAGAAGAAGGAGGAAAUAGCGCGAGCACUGGAGAAGCUUAGCCGAGAAAAACCAUCCCGCAGACGAGAAUCUAGUAGGGAAAGGUCGAGUCGCCAUCAUCGUCACCGCCACCAUCGCCGCCGGCAUGAUGAGGACCGCCCCCGUUCACGGGAGAGGGGUACCCGAAAUCGACGGUCGCGCUCGAGAGAAGAGCGAUCUUAUAGGGACAGAUCGCCAGCAAGGAAGGAGAGAAGCUACAGAGAUAGGACGCCAGUGGGAUCGCGAUCGCCAGAACCACGGCGGAAUCGAGAUAGAGAGGACCGACACCGAUAA